GUCCCGUCAGCCGUUCGAGUUACGCCGCACUUCGUAACUCCGCGAUCUUCAAUAUGACAGUUAUUGCACCAAACUUCGGUGACCCUUAAUCUUCGAUGGAAGAUAAACGUUAAUCGAGCCCUUAAUACACGAGCAGAAUGGGAAAUGUGAAACAAUGAUGAAUCCCCCACAGAUCGAAGUUUUCGUCAACAAAAAACGACGCUAAAUACAUUUCUGCAAAGAUUUUUUAUCAUUUAUUUUCAAACACUGGUGUGUCUUCUUUUUUUUCAGUGGUGCCCCUCGAAUAAAACAUGUGAAAAAUUCCUCGUGUGAAUAAAUAUUAGUACUUUGGGACAAAUCAUUUUUUCAAGGUUCAUAAAAAAUUAUAUAUUUUUUAGUCAAUUUAAACGAUCAUUAUGAACGUGCGUAAAUUCAUUCAUUUUUUUAUCUGACGUCCCGAGUUUCAUCGACAAUAAAAUAGUACAAUAAGUAAUCGUAGUCAGUGAUGUGUUUGAUUAUUCGUUAAAGUGGAAAUUCGCGAGUUUUCAAAUGACCCGAGAAUCCGUAAACUCGCAGGAGAUGAAUUUCGUAAGUUAUUCGGAAGCUGGAUACAGUCAUAAUAUCGUGUAAAUAUUCAAGAUUCUACUCCGUUGGAACGAGACAUGGUGAAGCGUGAUAACUUUCAUUUCGUUCGGUUGGCAGCACUCAUCAAUUAUUCGUCGACAACAAACAUUAGCAUUGGAAAAAAUCAAGGAGGAAUAUAAAAAGCGCAAACCGCAAUAAUCAAAUGAGAGGUUUGAUGGGAAUGUACAUUAAACAAAAACCACAUCGUGUUCCUGACAAAACCCUUGUACGAAAGAUAAUAAUAAUUUUAUAAUAAAAGAUGAUUAUAUAUUUUUUUUAAUCGUAUGAUACAGUGGUGCGAUAAAUAAAAGUUCAAACGGUGGCUAUACACAGAAAAGGAAUAAGGUUCGAAAAAACAUUUGAAAAAAAAGUGGCAAAUUUCGUUUUCGAUAAGUGGAAAGACUGACAUUUACGAGUCUUUUCAUCUGCCAAAGUUCGAACGAGUUUGAUAUCAUUUUUAUUACGAUGGUCUCAAUUUCUACCUCGUAUUUUUCUUUGCAAUUUUUUUCACCGCUCAUUCGGCACGUGUAACGUGGGAACAAUGAUUGAUCGAUGUGGAAGAGCCCUGGACUUGAAUGAAGACCCUGAUCGUCUGAGAAGAUCGUGAAAACUGUCAUGGUCAAAAAUAUGAGGAGAAUAUCAACGGAUAUUGGUGAAAAGAUGAGAAUGACAUCGAGGGAACCUCCGGACGACCGAAGCACCACUGAAAGCAGCAAAGAAAAUUUUCCUCUCGGGAAUGUAUUGGGAAGUGUAUGGGAGGGAAGGUGCAGAUCAAAACACCAAUUUGAAAAUUGACACGUCAAACAAUCCAGCAGCAAUUUUUUUCCGAAAUGGCGAUAAGAAAAAACGAAAGGCAAUAUUUAAAAGUUUAAAAUUUUCGAGCGAAUUGGCGAUUUCGAAUUAAAGAAAAAAAUGGAAAAAAACGUGACAACGGAAUCCGGCGAGUUAAACGUGACGGAAUUGAAUACAGCAAGUUUGUUAAACGUGUUUAUGGAUACGGGACAAAAUGGUAGCGACGGAAGUGUUACGCGGACGUUGCACGAGGCUGUACCUCAUAACGAUCUCGAAAGCGUUAUUAUUCUCGUGACAAAAGCGACGAUAAUGAGUUUUAUAAUAUUGUCAGCAUUAUUGGGAAAUCUUUUGGUGAUAGUAUCGGUAAUGAGGCACCGUAAGCUGCGUGUAAUCACUAAUUAUUUCGUUGUAUCAUUGGCACUGGCGGACAUGUUGGUUGCCAUAUUUGCGAUGACCUUUAACGCGAGUGUCGAGUUAUCAGGACGUUGGUUAUUCGGUUACUUCAUGUGUGACGUGUGGAACUCGCUCGACGUUUUUUUCAGCACCGUAUCGAUUCUACAUCUUUGCUGCAUAAGCGUCGAUCGAUAUUACGCCAUUGUUCAACCCCUCGAUUAUCCAUUGAUCAUGACCAAUUUACGUCUCGGCACAAUGCUCAGCGUCGUAUGGUGUUCGCCAACUGUAAUGAGCUUCUUACCAAUUUUCGCCGGCUGGUACACCACCCAAGAACAUCUCGAAUUUCGUCAAAACUAUCCGGACAUUUGCAUGUUUCAAGUUAACAAACUUUACGCCGUAGUCAGCUCGAGCAUUAGCUUCUGGCUGCCUGGUAUUAUCAUGAUUGCCAUGUACUACAAAAUCUACAGGGAAGCGGAUCGACAAGAGAGAGUCUUGUACAGGAGCAAAGUUGCCGCUGCCCUACUGAACAAACAUCUUCAAAUAAACGGCAUUUCAGCAGGUCUGACGUCUCUGCCCACAAUUGAUCAAUCUCCGCCGGAUCCACUACCGGAAGACCCACCGAUAACCAGCAGCAGUAAGAUGAAAAGAGAACGGAAAGCAGCCAGAACCCUCGGCAUUAUAAUGUCAGCAUUUCUUGCUUGUUGGCUUCCUUUCUUCCUCUGGUACUUAAUCACGGCGCUGUGUGACACGUGCCAGAGUGGAAAUAUCGUAGUCGCAGCUGUAUUCUGGGUUGGCUACUUCAACAGUGCUCUGAAUCCACUCAUUUACGCCUACUUCAAUCGCGAAUUUCGCGCAGCUUUUCGCAAGACCCUUGAGAGUUGUUGCGCCGCGAUUGCACCUGUCCGGGAUCUACGUCAGGUCAACAGAAAACAAGAUCUCGUUCACAGCAACGCUUCGUCCGAGCUUCACGUAAACAAUCAGUUAAGAACCAGCGAAAUGACCAACGUACAUCUGGAGGCUUGUAUUUAAGUAUUGUGAAAGUACGAUAUUGCCAUUGUGAAAUUAAAAAAAAAAAAACCUAAAACUGAGAAAGUGUUAGUGAGAAGUAUUCAUUCGAACGUGACAAAGUUUUUACAAUCGAUGUCGAAUAACGGCAAUAAAUUAGUCCUCGCUCAUUUUUUCUUAAAGAGAUAUUUCAAGGUGGGUGAAUUUUUUUUUCAAAACUCGAUUCUCCCGGAUGCUUCACCCCUAAAAAGUUUUUUUUUUUAAUUCGGUACCACACCAAUUUGGAUUUUCAGUUAAUACCGAAUACGCCAAUGAGAAUGAAUGAACAAAAAAAAACAAAAGAGCUGAACAGCCUCAGUCCACGAGUACUCGAAUCAAUCGAAUCAGCCACGAAUAAACAAAAAAUGAUUAAAGAAAAGGAAAAUAGUGUUUGUAACGAAGUAAUCGAUCCCAUAUUCAGUCACGUGAUACACUGACGCCUAUCAUAAAAUGACCAAAUAAAUAUUGAAAAAGAUAUAUACAAAGAACAUAAAAUAAAAACAAAAAAAUAAUUAUUAUUGUGAAAAAAAAAAAUCAGCAGCAAAGAAAUGGCACGUCUCGAUGAUCAAUUAUUGCAAUAAAUCAUUUCGAAUCAGACGUGUCUCGAGUUGCGUGCAGUAGCAAUCAUUUUGUACAUAAAUAAAAAAGAAAAAUAAGUUUACUCGAAUACGCAGUGUUGACUAAUGUAAGCGCAUAUAAUCGAAGUGUGUAUCAUAGCAUGUGCUGUAUGUACCCGCUGACAUAGAGGAAUUCGAUUGUAAAUAAUGAUAUACGAAUAAUCGUAGUUAGAGUAAUAAGGUGAGCUUUAAAUAACGCAUAAAGUGUGCAUGGAGGAAGGUACCUCGAGCGAAUGUUUUCGAAUAUGAAGAAUGAAAAGUAAGAUUAAAAAAAAGGAUGAUGAAAAAAUCUCUGCGAAGACAAUUAAAGGCUCGAAUCAAUGUUGAAGUCAGAGCCGUGCGCGCACACGUUACGAGUAUAUCUCGAGCAAAUAACGCAUUUGCCAUAUCUGUGCAUCAGUGGAGAACAAUCAUUAACGUAAUAAAAAAGACUUUUGUAGGAGAGACACCAUUUUUUUCGAUUAUUUAUCUGGCAAAAAACUCUGAAAUAAAGAAUUAAGCUGUAGUGAUGUACCUCCAUUCUUAGCCACGAUUCGGAAGACUCCUGUAGCAUGCAAACCUGGUGGGCAGGUUUUUCACAAAUAAAUAUGGCCGAUGGGAAGUGAAAUUUUGUAGCGGGGUAUCAGGAAAAUUGAGGUGCUCAGUCGAUUUGAAAAGUAAUUGGACUACGCCAUUUCUGUUGAGGAAAAAAUUCAUCACUCAAUACUUUACGAAAUAAGUAGAAAUAUCGUUCCUCUGGGGUGGAAUGUGUCACUUCUCAUUGGCCAUAACACCUGGUACAGCCCUGACACGUAUAAUCAGUCUUCCCAUGGACUCUCAUUACAACAAAAAUGAAUAUAACGAGUCCCAAAUAAAGUAGUGAGAGUCGAAAAUAAAAAUCGUAGCUUAUCCUUAAAUCGGUGUCUAUGUUAUCGUCGUGUAAGAUUCCUCAAGAAGCAGUACGCACUGAUUAUGUUGGAGUCAAUGAAGGAAGAAAAAAUGAAUUGGAAGCUUCGUGAAAUGUGUUUUGUUCGGGUGAAAUAGUUCGGUUUUCGAAAAGGCAUGCUCAAGAAAGUAGGCACACUUGAUGUUUCUUUUUUCUUCAAAUUCAUUUCUUUACUUUUUGAUUUAUCGAGUUUGGGUAAACAAACAUCGUGACUGAAGCAGCCUGAUGUGUGCGAAUGAUUUUUGUGUAACAGUCUCUGCGAAUGUAACAAUUUCUGAAAGAAUAUCUGUGUGAGUGAGUGACACGUAGCGAUAUAACGAAAAAAAAAAAUCUAUAUAAUAUAUAACGAUCGAUAAAAGUCACGAAUUAAAAAACGUACGACAAUGUGUUAUAUGCCUGACAAAUGUUAAUAAAAGUAUUUUAAGAAAAUCUA